CCCCGCGUGGCCGCGCCCUCGCCCGCGCCCCUGGGCAAGGAGCCCUGCCGGCCUGCCCUGGGCAAGGAGCCAGCCAAGGUCCAAGGAGGCAAGGAGCAAGGACGCCCGGCGCCCGCCCAGGAGUCCAGGACCCCAGGUGCAGAUGUCCGAACCUGGUUCGCAAACGGAGAUGGAGAUUGACUCAAUAGUAGUGGAUACUCAGGCAUCACAGAUUAAUCAAAAUGCAGUUGCAGUUACAGCAUCAUCUUCGCAGGGGUUAGUUGUUGAACAAGAUGUUGUUGAGCUUGACUGCAAUGAAGAUGGAGCAGGGAGGAAGGAGAUAGCAUCAAGGUCAAAGAUGUGGGAUCACUUUAUUAAGAUUAGAGAUGACAAAAAGAUUGUUAGAAGUGCCAAGUGUAAGUAUUGCAGCUGUAUAUUGAAGGCAGACUCAAAAUCUAAUGGUACAUCUUCUUUGAAGAAGCAUUUCAAUGUUUGCAAGCGCAAUCCACACAAAUUUGCUAAAGAUCCAACACAGGGCACUCUACAAGCAACUCAAGGUGAAGGUGUCGUCACUUGGAGGUUUGAUCAAGAUGAACUUAGGGCUGCAUUUGCUGAGAUGGUUAUAGAGGAUGAACAACCCUUUUGCUUUGGUGAGAAACCAGGAUUGAGAAAGUUUAUGGCAAAAGCAUGCCCACGUUUCCAACUUCCAUCUAGAAGAACAUGCACUAGAGAUGUUGUGCGUUGUUUCUUCCAAGAGAAAGCAAAACUAAAGAAGUUUUUCAAAGAUUCUUGUCAAAGGAUUUGCUUAACUACAGAUUGUUGGACUUCUCAGCAAUUGGAUAGCUAUAUGACCGUAACAGUUAGUUUUAUUGAUGACAGUUGGAGGCUACAUAAGAAGGUUAUUGGUUUUUUCAUGGUGAAGGGUCAUAAAGGUGAUGAUAUAGGAAAAAAUGUGAUGAGAUGCAUGUCUGAAUGGGGUUUAGAUAGAGUAAUGACUAUAACAGUUGACAAUGCCAGUGCAAAUGAUACAGGUAUGGCUUAUGUCAGAAGGCAAUUGAUGAGGACCAAUCUAGCUAAUGGCAAGUAUUUGCACAUGAGGUGUGCAGCACACAUUAUUAAUCUCAUCGUGCAAGAUGGCUUAAAAGAAGUGGAUGUCUCUGUAAAGCGUGUUAGAGCUGCUGUUAGGUAUAUCAGAAAUGGUGGUUCAAGAAUAGUCAAAUUUAAAGAGAUUGUAGAGGAAGAAAAGCUGACCAACAAACCGUUUCUGAAAAUUGAUGUUCCAACAAGAUGGAACUCCACGUACCUAAUGUUGAAAGCUGCACUUGUUUAUGAGAAGGUGUUCACAAGGUUCGCAGAAGAGGAUAUGAGCUAUGUAAUUGAUCUAUCUGAAUUAAGGGAUGGAGUUGGUCAUCCAGAUAAAACUGAUUGGCAAAAUGUACAGAAGAUGGCAGAUUUUCUGGAGCAUUUUCAUGAUCUCACUGUCCGUGUCUCUACUACAUUAGAGAUCACUUCCCAUACAUUUUUUCAUGAGAUUGGAGAAGUGCAUUUGUUGAUUCAAUUUUGGCUGAAUAGUACAGAUGUUCUACAAUCAGCUAUGGGCAGAAGAAUGAAAGAUAAAUUUGAUAAAUAUUGGGGAGUUUGGAACAAUAGCAGAAAUGGGAAUAUGAACAGCAGCAGAAAUGGAAAGGAGAAGGAGAAAGAGAACCUCAAUUUGCUAAUGUUUGUUGCUGGAUGUCUUGAUCCAAGAUACAAGUUAUCUAUGUACACAAAGAUAACUGUUGAAGAGAUAUUUGGUGAGGAAAGGGGACAUCUAGUUUGGGAAGAAAUUAACACCUGUGUUCGUGAUUUGUUUGAAGAAUAUAGAAGAAUGUAUAGUCCAAGUGAAGAGGCAACUAAUGUUACUGAUCCAAUAGCAUCAAAGGGAGGAAGAGGAGGCAAGUUGAAAGAGGUUGUUGCUAAGAGAAUGAAGCUAGGCAACGGUUCAAGCAAUAACACUAAAUCUGAGCUUGAUAAAUAUCUUGCUGAAGAAACAGAAGAUAUGGAAAUGAAGCUUGAUCUUUUACUUUGGUGGAAGGCAUCUGAGCAAAGGUUUCCAAUUUUGUCUCGCUUGGCCCGUGAUGUGCUUGCUAUACCUAUCUCAACGGUAGCUUCAGAAUCUGCAUUUAGCACUAGUGGACGUAUUUUAGAUGACUUUCGAAGCUCUCUUACUCCAUUUAUGCUUGAAUCAUUGGUAUGCACACAAGAUUGGUUGAGAUGGUCAAUACCGCUUGACAUUAAAGAGAAUAUUGAGGAAUUAACUAUGUUGGAACAAGAAUUAAUUGAUGAGUUUGAAGUCAAAAGGAAAGAAAAAGGGAAAGAACAAGCUUCUACUUCAAGGACACCAACAACGAUAAUGGGAAGCAACUCCAUUGAUCUUAAUUCUUAGUGUAUUAU